AUAUCAGAAUGAAAUAGACUAGACAAUGUAAUUGGUUUAGAUGUCAGGCGAAUGUGUAUCGGAUAUCCAUUUAUCGGUUCAAAUAACUCGCUUUCAUUAUGAACCAGUUAAAAUAAUAAUAGUUAGUGGAUAGGAAUUAUGUCGGGUUACAUUAUGUUGCCUAGUUCCUUAUCAUUUAUUGAUAACCGGUUGUGUUACAGUGGGCAAAAGUGCGAAAAGAUACCUGAGGCGAUAGUUAAACUGUAUGGAACCAAAGUGCAAAGUUUGGAUUUAAGCUAUAACGAGCUGCAUACCCUUCGCGGUUUGGAAGGAUUUCCGUUACUAAAGGAACUGGUUUUGGAUAACAACCAGCUUACAGAUUCCAUCGUUUUGCCAUAUCUUCCGUACCUACACACUUUAUCUCUAAAUAAAAAUAAUAUUGAUGAUUUAGAAGUUCUACUUAUUAAAAUAAAUCACAACUUGCCCAUGUUGAAUUACCUUAGUCUUUUAGGAAACAAAGCAUGUCCCAAUAAGUUGUCGAAUUUAGACAGCGAUGAAGAGGAUUAUCAAAGAUACAGACAUUAUGUGUUGUAUCAUUUACCGUCACUUAAAUUUUUGGACUCAAGUAAAGUGACAGAUAUGGAAAGAAAAGAAGCCAGACGAACUGGACAAUUUAUGAAAAUAAUACGACCCAAGACUUGUGAGGUUAAGGAAUCCAAAGAAGAGAAAGAGGAUCCAUUUACUCCAUUGCCAAAAAAUAUUAGAAGACCCGAGGAUUUUAAAGGUGUGUAUGGAAAAUGCAGAUUUCGAUAUAGUGGAAAACAUUCUGAAGGAAACCGAUUUAUUUCCAAUAAUGAUUUGUAAAUAAUAUUUUAAUUGCUUAAUAUAAGUUUAUUUUGUAAAAGUAUUUUUUUAAUAUAUAUAUUUUUUAAUUACGUUGCUUUUUAUUAAA